AUGUCAAACUAUAGGAUAUUCCCUAUAUGUGAACCAGACAUAAAUAUAACAAAUAGGAAUAAGGAAAUACCUUGCAAAUAUAUAUUAUUUGGUGAAGAGAAGAUCCAAAAUGUGCCUAACCUAGAGGACAUAAUUAAUGAUAGAAAUGUAGGUCCAUUUAAUAAGGGAAACUUGGUUCAAUAUUUAUCAAACAGUCAUUGUCUUGAAAAUUAUGAAUUUAUUGUAUUCAUGAAUAAAUUUUUGGCCGAAACAAGGAGUGUGGAGAAAAAGAAUACAUGGCAGUAUAUCUUGAUGACGUUUUUACUAGAGGAUGCACUCAAGGAGAUUAAUUUACCGUGUGAUAUAAGAAAUGGGCUUUUGGAAUGCGAGGAAGAGUAUCCGAGAGAGGAUUUGGCGAUGAAAGCCAAGAUGAUAAUCUACGACCUUCUCUGUGAUUCCUACCACGAGUUUGUCAAGUUGAUGAAGCUACAGAUACAUGCUGACUGUUGUACGCAUAAGAUUCAGGGUUGUAGCCAGGAAGCGGGUGAGCUAGAAAGCUACAGACCUAAAGGACACAGUUUUGCGUUCGAGCUGUUUUCCCCAUUGUCAUCUCUGCGUACGGUAGACUUUGACGACAGCGAUGUAAACGAAAUCACUCACACCAAUAGCAUGGGUGCAUCUAGACACAAUAGUACCGGCUCCAGAGGGUCGUCCAUCGGGUCGUUGGUUGAUUCACUCAAGAAUAAUGAUCUAGUCAAUUGGAGAAAAACGGUCAAGAAGCUAAAGAUCAGACGGUUUCUGAAUGAGAUAUAA